CCGCGAAAAUUACUCAGAACUCAGAAUUAUAUAAAACUAUGGAAACGGAAUAUAUCGCGCGUAUAACCCCCCCACCCGUUGACCACGGGCACGAACGCUGUAGGUAGCUGGUAGGUAUAGGGUUCGAAACGUCGGGAUGUACUCGUACGAGUAUUAUAAAGUCACAAUACGCGAUACAAUCCGUUUCCAUAGUUUUAUUUCAUGACUGAUGUAUUUUCAAAAGUGUUAACACAUGCCGUAUUUCAGAUCGCGACGCGACGCCACGGUGUCGCGCGAUGGGCUGACUGUGCCAGCAUGGAGAAGGAGAGUCGCGAGCGCAUCGGGCGCGGGCGCGAGGCGCGCGGCACGUCGCCUCGCGCGGCGCUGCGGCGCGUGCUGCUGCUGGCCGAGGGCCGGCAGUUCCGCGAGGCGGCCGCCGUGGUGGCCCGAGCGGGCAGCGCGGUGCUGGCGCCGCUCGCCGCCGACCUGCCGCUCGACCUGCUCGCCGACAGCCUGCCGCACUCCGCCGUGCUGAUCGAGCUGCUGCUCAACAGGCUGGUGGACUUGGACGUGUCACCGCGGCCGUCGCUGCCAGUGGAGGCGCUGGCGUGGCGUCUGGCGGCGCUGCUGGGCGGCCCAGCUGGUGUCGGUGAGGCUGCGCGGUUGGCGGGAGCGGCGAGAGCGUUGGCGCGCUACCAGCCCGCGCUGCCCGCGGCGGUGGACGCGCGGCGCCGGCAGCUCGACCAGGCCGUGCACGGUCUGGGCACUCACGGUCUGACAGCGGCCGCAGGUGACGGCGGCGACAGCGAGCUGGUGUCGCUGCACGCCGCCCUGCGCGAUGCGCUCACCGCCCACGUGGAGGCGUACAAGCAAGCGCUACACAAGGUGCAGGAGCUGAGCGCGGUGACGGCGGUGACAGCGCCCGCCGCGUCCUCGCACCAGCGGCUGCUCGCGCUGCCGGCGGCGGACGUGGAGCGGCGGCUAAUCGACAACGCGUCGCUGCUGGCGGCGGUGCGGCGCGCGCCGCCCACGCUGGCGGCGCUAGCGGCGGCGCUGGACGCGCGCGUCGCCGCCGACAAGCAGGUGCUGGCCUGCGCGGGGCUAGUGCGCCGCGCCGAUCCCCACAAUCAUAAACCACCGCCCGCCAAUGACACCAGGCCGGUGGCUGGCGUGCUGAUGAGCUACUCCCGCGGGUGCGCCACGCUGCUGUCCCUGAUGACGGACGGCAAGGGCCCGGCGCCGUCCGGCGUGGAGCCGGGCCCGGAGCCGGAUCCCGCGCCGGCCCCGCCGCGCUCGCCGCCCGACUCGGCCAGCGACGGCUACCACUCCGACAGCGACCACUCGCACCCCGCCCCCGACAGGAGCAGCGUGGUGGCGGGCGCGGUGGCCGCGUACGGUGAGGCGUGGGCGGGCGCGGCGGCGCGCUGGCUGCCCGCGCUGGCCGACCUGCCGUCUCUCCGGCGCGCUCCGGCGUUGCCACAUAAGAUCGUCUUCUCCGUGGUGGUGUUAUCGUUCCGCGCGGCGAUAAGUCUGCGCGACAAACGACUGGCCGAGGUGAAGGCGCUGCUGGGCGCGGACGACCCCCCGCACGCCCCACACGCCCCGCACGCCCCGCACGCCCCGCACGCCCAGCAGGCGACGGCGGGGGAGGACAGCGGCUCCGAGGGCGCGGGGGCGGAGGACGAGGCCGUGGCGCGGCUGACGGCGGCCGCCACGAGGGUGCUGCGGGCGAAGGCGCACGUAGCGCCGCUACACGACGCGGAGCGGACUGUCGUCACGCAGGUGGCGAGCACGCUGCGCGAGUACACCGGGCUGGCGGACAGCACGGCGCUGCGCGCGCUGACGGCGGCUUGCUGUCGCGCCGCCUGGAGGCUGGUGCUGGCCGCGCCGCAGCUGCGGCUCGACACCGACUUCACCGCCACACGCUUCGACCCCGAGAAGCACGUGGUGUGGGUGGCGGGCGCAGGGCGCGCGGCGGCGGCGGGCGGCGCGCGCGGACAGCCCAUCCGCAGCUUCGUGUGGCCCGCGCUGCUCGACCACCAGCGCGUGCUGUUCCGCGCCGUCGUGCUGGUGUGACGGCUGACGGCCCAGGGCCGAUACAACCCCACACCUGAGGCUAAGGUUCCGUUUGUAUUCAACGCACGGAACACGGUGUGUUGAAUACAUACACCGUAGACAGGCUACUUCGAGCUCCUUGCCGUUGUCCGAGCGGCACCUCUCGAAGUCCAGAACAGUCGAAAUUGAGCCUGCCUCGUUUGUGAUUGGUUAAGGAACGUGUAUAGUACGAUACCUAUAUUGUAUUGUACUGUGUGUUGAGAACAAUGUGACGAUCAAUCGACGAACUUUUUUGAAACUGUUGAAUGUUAGGUACAAAGCUCUAAACGAGGCUAUUUAAGUAGCAGAAAUCCUCGUUUUCAAGACGUCGAAACACCAAAUACAACGUUUAAAAUAGGAUAAUCUUAAAA